UCUACAUGGACAUUCGUUUUUCAUCUGUCUAGAAAAUAAUUUCGUCUGCUGCCAACAGUCUCAUUCCGAGUUCCCGCCCUUUGUUUUUUAACAUAUAUGCUAUUCAGUAUUGUUUGAGUUACCUUUGACCCGUCAAGCUGAGGCUCCAUCGCGGACGUCUGAUUUAUACACCGGAAAUGGAGGAGGACAAUCCGGACCAGCAGUGUCUGGACGUCAAAGAGGACAGCGGGUGCUUCAUAUCCAAAAUGGCGGAUACGCCUGAUCCCGAAAUCGAGAUAGUACCGAGGAACGAAUCUAAAGUGGGCGAGUUCGAGGCUAAAACUCAAAAAAACAUUUCGGAUAGCGACUUGCGCUUCUCGUAUGGAUCAAAGGACGAGUCAAGGACAUCUGGAGAAGCGUGUGUCUGCCAAAAGGACAACGAAUAUAGAGCUGGCGAGGACACGUCGUCCUUGCACGGCGCCAUUAUCGGUUGCCAUGACGAGUUUCUCAAAAACUGUGACCUGGAAACGGAAAUUCCGGUGUCCGCGCAUGACAUUGAACUGAACAUUCCGCUUCACAACAUAACGAGGCACGACACUGUCUGGGACUGCCAACGUGAGACUCACUGCGAGCCCUCCAACGACUCCGCGUCGAGUCUAGCCGUUCGUAGAGAUCUGUCCGGAGUCCCCAACGGGCAGUUUAAAUCUACCCCCGUGAUGACCGCAUCCGUUAAUACAUCCCCUCUCAGAUCCUUAUGGGCUGUCUACUCAAAGGGGGAUAACCAUAAUCCUGUUUUCGGUGAUGCUGACAGUCAGACCUGGGGGACCAUUGUGGAGGAAGAGGAGGAAGAGAGGCGGGAACACGAGCGUCAGACUCUGGAACACCUGCUGGACUUUUCUAUCAAUGUCGAUCACCUCGAAGGCUACCGGAAGUACUACCACAGCUUAAAGCGAAACAUUCUGACCCGGAAUUUGGAGAGUGUCUGGAACAUCUCAAGAGAGACAGAGUUCACCAAACUUAGCCAGUUCCGAUCCAGCGACGAUUGCCAAAGCGACGCUAGAACCGUUAUUCCGGAGCCAAGAGGUGACUGGCAUUCCAGAUCAUCUACCAAAAGAUCCCCAUCGUCGAUUAAGAGCAAAAGAGGUACCAGCAGCCGCAGUCAGUCCUUCAGAUCUGCCAAAAGAGUAUCAUUCCGUCUGAGACACGAGCGUAUGGAUGGUGCUGAUUUGUGUUUUGAAAUUGUUAAAAGAGCUUCCUCGGGAUUUGUUUACAGUGAAGCUGUAUCGAGCCACUACAUGAGACAGAUUCUAGAAGCCUUGAGGUACUGCCACACCAACAACAUCAUCCACCGAGACCUCAAGCCUCACUGUAUACUUCUAGCCUCUACGGAAAACUCCGCGCCGGUCAAGCUAGGGGGAUUUGGUGUGGCCACACAGCUUCAGGAUGGUCAGCUCAUUUCUUCAGGUCGAGUAGGGACCCCACAGUACAUGGCGCCAGAGGUUAUAGACAGAAAGCCCUACGGCAAGCCCGUGGACAUGUGGGGCUGUGGGGUCCUCUUGUUUAUACUACUAGGAGGAGGUCCGCCUUUCUGUGGUACCAAAGAACGACUUUACGACAUUAUUGUCAAGGGGAACUAUGUGAUGAAACCCAAACAGUGGGACAAUAUAUCACUGCAAGGAAAAGAUUUAGUUCACAGACUGCUGGAGAAAGACCCUGAGAAGCGGAUCACAGUGGAACAGGCCCUGGAGCAUCCCUGGAUAAAGAACAAAAAAGAUGUCCCCAGAGUCCAUCUCCAUGAAACAGUCGAGGAGCUGAAAAAAUUUAAUUCCAGGAGAAAAUUAAAAGGUGCUAUCAUGGCAGCAGUGGCCAGUCCUAAGUGGACAAGUUUUUACAAUGACCCUUCCCCUCCAGACGACGAUGAUGUCACGUCUGCUGGAGCUGUCUCCCAAGUGCUUGACUCCCUUGAGGAGAUCCAGCUGCUCUCCGACUGCACCCAGAGCCAGCAGCACACCAACUUCCUGGAACAAGUCUUCCAAGACUCCAAACUUGUUGCCUUACUGAACCUGUAUGAUAAGAUCAACACACGGUCCACGAGUCCAGCCAGGAGACCGAGUUCUGAUGCCGUACACAGGGCUAGUGAGGUUCUCCGCGUCCUUCAAGCCAACACGUCUGGCGCCAACAGCAGUGAGGUAGCAGAGCUGAGAAAACUUUUAACCUCUCCGAACAUGAAGGCCCUCCUCCAGUCACAUGACGUCGUGGCCCAUGAAGUGUAUAGUGAAGACACCGCCCACCACGCUUCUCCAGGCUCCUCCCACCAUUCCUCAGUCCCCGCCCACAACUACGUCAAUGGCAGCAUGAGUGGACAAGGAAACGGCGACGUGGACGGCGCCGGACACAGGAACGACAACGCGGAGGGCGUGAUGCGUGUCCGGCUUGUCCAGUUUCAGAAGAAUACCGACGAGCCUAUGGGCAUUACAUUAAAAGUCAACGAAGAGGGUCAGUGUUUUGUGGCCAGGAUUAUGCAUGGCGGAAUGAUACACCGGCAAGGUACACUGCAUGUGGGCGAUGAGAUUAAAGAGAUCAAUGGGAAGAGUGUCCAGCACCAAGGUGUCGACGUCCUCCAGUCCAUGUUGAGAGAUUUGAAAGGCUCAGUAGUCCUCAAAGUACUUCCAUCAACAGCUCAUUCCAAAUCUGAGACUUUGCCACAGAAAGAGAUUUAUGUUAGAGCUUUAUUCAACUAUGAUCCAAGAGAUGAUGAUUUAAUUCCAUGUUCUCAAGCAGGUGUGCCUUUUUCAGUGGGAGAUGUGCUUAGGAUAAUUAGUAAAGAUGAUUCCGAUUGGUGGCAAGCCAAGAAAUGGGAGGUGAAGAGCUCUGGACCUGCUGGCUUAAUACCCUCCCCUGAACUCCAGGAAUGGAGAACAGCCUGUGCAGCUAUCGAGAGAGCCAAACAUGAGCAUGCAGCCAACUGUUCAUGGUUCAAUCGUAAGAAAAAAGACAAGUACCUUGCUAAACACAACGCUGUCUUUGACCAGCUGGAUCUGGUCACCUACGAAGAGGUGGUGAGAUUGCCGCAGUUUAUGCGCAGGACACUCGUUCUGUUGGGUGCCCAUGGUGUGGGCAGGCGUCACAUUAAAAACACACUCAUCACAGGUCACCCCGAUAGAUUUGCUUACCCUAUUCCACACACAACUCGGUCACCCCGACCUGGUGAGGAGGACGGAAAGAAUUAUUUUUUUGUUACUCAUGAAGCCAUGUUGAGAGACAUUGCCAACAACGAAUAUUUAGAGUACGGGACGCAUGAGGAUGCUAUGUACGGGACCAAGUUAGAGACUAUUCGAAGCAUACACACGCGAGGUUUAAUGGCCAUAUUGGACGUGGAACCUCAGGCACUCAAAGUGCUUAGAGCAGCUGAUUAUGCCCCUUAUGUUGUGUUCAUAGCCGCACCUCGGCCAGAGGAACUGCGGGAGACACUGAAAAGUAUCAAUGAUUCAAGUUUAGAAAGACUGGCCAAUGAGAGUAAACUUUUGGAAAAAGCUUACGGUCAUUUCUUUGACUUAAAGAUUGUCAAUAACGAUAUAGAGGAAACCAUUCAGACCUUGGAGAAAGCGAUAGAGGAGAUUUGUUCAACGCCUCAGUGGGUACCAGUCAGUUGGGUGUAUUAAUGCCUCACUAGGUGCCUGUCAGUCGAAUGUCAGUUUAGAGCAGGAAGUGAGACAAGUUGACUCAAAUUGUACUGUCACAAGAGAUAGUGACUGCUGGAGAAUAUUACUGUGUUGUCCUAAUAUACUGACUUUUAGAAAUUCAGAACUCAACACUGUACUAUAUAGAUGUCUUGGUUUUUCUGCAUUACAAAACAUGGAUAUCAUUUUAGGAUUUGAAUUUGUUGGUUAUUUCUUAGACUAUAUGUUUCAUUUUCAUAAUUUUGUUUAGUGAGAACCAAUUUUUUUUACUUUUUAGUUAAUGAAAUUUAAAAGAAAGUGCAAUUUAUCUUCUCUAAUCUUUUUAAACUAUAAAGAUCAUACCAGCAGUUCUCAAACUGUGGGACCCAAACAGAAAAAAGCUGCAUAGGUAGAUUUGUUUUUAGGCCACUUUUAAUUGCAUUGUAAUCAUAAAUCCAUAUUUGAGUAUGGUAUUAAUCAAAUAAAAAAGGUUUAAAUAAUUACAUUUUCUUGAAUUAAGUGACUUUAUUUCAUCUUAUAUAUAUAUAUAUAUAUAUAUAUAUUCUGUUUUGGCCCGGGGUGGGGGGUAAUGUCUUUGACAAAAAUUGAUUCAAAACCUCCUUUUGAAAAAGACAUUUCUAAAUUUUUCAACAAUCUGAUUAAUCUAUUCCAUCAAAUUUCUCCAGAGUAAAGUUGAAAGAUUAAAUCCUAGAAAUUUUAACUUGGGGAAAUAUCUUUCAAAUCAACCUAGUCAAAUCUAUACCUAUAGUAUCAGGAAGGGUUUAUCCAGUUGGUCAUUCUGUUAAGACACAUUAUGUGAUUGUAUGUCUCCUGAGUAGAUAAACAGGUGCCAGUAACUUGUCUGCCAAAAGAAAAAAGUUCAUUUUUUAUUCUUAUGAAAAACAGUGUUUAUAGAACUUAGUGCUAAUGUGAGUUACCAAGGCCUUAGAGUUCCUGAUUCAAGUGUUGCUACUUGAAUGUCACAGCCCCCGAAUGUCAGUUUCAAGUUUGCUCCAGCUGUUUGUGUUCAAUGAUGCAAUCCAUUCCAUGAGCAUGUCAUCUAAAUGUCAACUUUUGUUUAUAUUGUCAUCAUCGAACAAGCAUCACAUGGCACAAACAUUAUUUACACUUGUCCUCUUAAUCAAGUUUUUUUUUUCCUUUUUUUUUUCUUGCAAUUUGAUUUCUUCCUAUUGGUGUCCGGAAGCAAAAUAGUUUUGUUACAAUUUUUACCAAGUCUAAACUUAAAGGAUCAACUGUGUUCAUUGAAAUUUAAAUAAUCUGGUGGUAUUACCUUGUUGCAAUAAUAAAUGUCUGCUGUAAUAUACUAGCCAAAGGUCAGAGGUUGCUACCAUAAUGUACUAGCUAGAGAUUAGAUUAGUGCAAUCUACUUGCUAAAGGUUAGAGAUUACGGAUGUAAUAUGUUAGCUAAAAGUAACUAGUAUAGUAAUGUAAUAGUAUGUGAACAGUCUCUGUUCUGAGCUAAUCAAAAUUUUAAUUUUACCAUCUUAAAAAGUCAAUAAUAUUGUAAACUUGAAAUUGUUGCUGCUGUAUUGUUAAGCAGGCAUUUUUUUCGAUGGUUUUGUAAGUUAUGACUAGCUGCAGCCAUGCAGUAUGAUAAGUGUAGCUGCAGCCAUGCAGUAUGAUAAGUGUAGCUGUAGCCAUACAGUAUGAUAAGUGUAGUUUCAGCCAUGCUGUAUGAUAAGUGUAGCUGCAGCCAUGCUGUAUGAUAAAUGAUAAGUGUAGCUGCAGCCAUGCAGUAUGAUAAGUGUAGCUGCAGCCAUGCAGUAUGAUAAAUGUAGCUGCAACCUUGUUGCAACAUUAAACAAUUGCAGACUGCUUUUCAAACAGUAGAUUUAGUCAUGUUAUGUGUGGUCAAUUUUGAAGCGGUACUAUUGAGAACAUUGAUGAAACUUUAAUAAACUGUAUGAAAUGACCAGUGGUCUAGCCAACUUGACCUGGCCCGGUGGUCAUAACAUAAAUUGAUCAAUGACCUGAAUUGAUUUGAGAAAGAAUAACAGUAGCCUUCAUGUUUCUGUUUUUAGACAUAAUAGUCUCCUUGUGAUAUUUGAAUGUUUUAAAUUGAAUGUCAAGAAAGUAGCUUGAGAACCUUCUUCCCAGCAGCACUCUCUUUUUGGUACUCAUAAAUUCAGCAUAAUUCUGCUCUAUGUAUAAUCUCUUGCUCACAGUGUGAUCAUAAUAUGUCCUUGCUACUUGCAUUCUAGUUGUAUGACUUCAUCCCUACAUUCUCAUCAUGUUCAUAUUUUUCUACCAUUUGCCUCAGGAGCAUUAUUUAUCUUUACCAGGUUGUGUUUUGAUUGGUUUGUACUCAACUCUUUUUAUCUUGUUGUUAGGACUGUAGAAACACAUUCUGAUUUUUGUCAAUUUAAUUUUAUAAUUAUUUUUUAUUAGGUUUUUAUGAAAUAACCUUUUAAUUUAUUAAAAGCUGUACAGCUGAUGAUUCAAAACUUUUUUGAAUUAUAACCCCCAUUCGAUUAAUUUAUGCAUGAUUAGCCACCCAAAACAUAUUAACUAAUUUAUAAAAUUGGACACCUAAAUUGUUUUAUUUUUUUCGUGUUGACCACUGGACCAUGAAUAAUUGCUGUACAGCUUAUUAAGUUCAAAGAAUUUGUUUUUUAAAUUAUAUUUUUAAAGUUUUUGUUCUUGAAGGUAGAAAUUUUUUUUUAUUCAUCUUUGUUAUAGGUUUGGGUUUUGACUUUACUAUGUCUACAUAGUAAUAAUUUUUUUUUUUUCCAAGAGAAUUUAAAAAGUAGAAACCCAUUCACUGUUUUGUUUAUUAUGACUUGGAAACCUUGAUUUUAUUCUACAUUUUUAUUAUGCAUCAUUUAUUUUUUUUACUUUGACAUGUUUUAUGACUGAAUGAAAGAACAAAUUUAUGUAAUUCAACUGAUGCAAUACUGGCCAUGAGCUGAUGACUACAUUCUAAAAAGACAUCUGUAUGAAUGCCUGUAGUCCUAGAUUACUGUCAGCGAGAGCAUAGUGUCUUGAGUUGGCUGCUACUCCAGUCACAUGAGCUACAGAGGCUAAUAUUUUGUCUUCCAUCUUAUCUGCCCUCUGAUCUGGGCAUUAAACACAUUUGAUUUGAAAGUCAGAGACAGUUGGUUUGCCUUGGGCAGUGUUUCCCAAACGUUUUCCUCAACGGAACACUUUGCACAUUCUGAGUAUUUAGCAGAACAUGUUGCUUAUUUUUUCAGAGAGAUUAAUUUACACGGUGGCCUAUUAGAUAAUUAUUCAGGCCCUGAGGAACACUAGGGUUCCAUGGAACACAGUUAGGGAAACACUGGGGCUUCCUUUCCUGAAACAGCUGAACGGGGUCUCACCAAAGGCCUAGCAUUAUUUCCUCAGCUGAAUGUUUAUGUCCUUCUGAGUGUCAAUUAUUUCAUCGGUAGUGAUGCCCCUGAUGCUGAAACCAAACUCUCUUGCCAGAUACUGUGAUGUCAAAUUUCUCACAUCAUCUUGUCAUAUUUUUUUUUGGGUUUCUUUAAAGUCCUUAGGAAUGUUGGGUUGGGCGUGUCCUAUCUGUAUUCAGCGCCAUGUUUGCAAUAAUCAAAGAUCAGAAGUGGGCAUGUUUCUGUGUGUUGAUCUGUUAGCAAUGAGAUUGUCUGGUUGAACAAAUGUUGGAAAUAAAAUUGAAAACUUAACACAA